CGCGCCACGCAAGGCCCACGUCUCACGCCGGCCACGUGCGUUCCAAUCGCGACAUAAAUAAAACAUAUUUUUCUACUUCAACUGUAAAGUGGCUGUGAUAGUCUUUAGUGAUAUUUUACAAAGUUCCUUCUUAUACAUUUACCUACCUGUUUUACACGGUUGAAGAGUACAGAAAUGUUUAUAGACGAAAAUGAGACACCGGAGUCAUGGUGGGUGUCGGCGGUGCUGAAGACGAUCCGGGCGGUGGCGUUAGUAUGCGACAUCAUCACCUUCCCGAUCCACCUCUUGCUGCAGAGGCCAUGGAGGAAACGCGCCCUCUCCCGGAGGAUUAAGGCGCGCAUCAUCGACAGCACAAGCGACACGGUGACGGUGCGCUCGGUGUGCGAGCCGUGCGAGCUUCACGUGCGCAUGGUGCGCGACGGCGUGGGCACCAUGGAGGCCAUGCUGCGUGCCGCCGCCGCGCGCUACGCCGCCCGGCCCUCGCUCGGCACGCGCACCGUGCUCAGCGAGGAGGACGAGCCGCAGCCCAACGGCCGCGUCUUCAAGAAGUUCAACAUGGGCGACUACGUCUGGCGGACGUACACGGACGUGGAGCGCGAGGCGCGGCACUUCGGCGCAGGGCUGCGCGAGCUGGGCUGCCGGCCGCGCCACAACCUCGUCAUGUUCGCCGAGACGCGCGCCGAGUGGAUGGUCGCCGCGCACGGCUGCUUCAAGCAGAGCAUCCCGGUGGUGACGAUAUACGCGACGCUCGGUGACGAGGCGAUCGCGCACGGCAUCAACGAGACGGAGGUGUCGACGGUGAUCACGACGCACGAGCUGCUGCCCAAGUUCCGCAAGAUAUUGGCCAAGACGCCGCGGGUCGACACCAUCGUGUUCAUGGAGGACCAGCUGCAGAAGACCGACCGCGACGGGUUCAAGCCCGGCAUCCGCAUCGUGGCCUACAAGGAGGUCGUCGAGAUGGGCGCCAACUCCAAAAUCGAGACGGUUCCUCCCUCGCCAUCGGACACGGCCAUCGUGAUGUAUACGUCAGGCUCCACAGGCGUGCCCAAGGGCGUGGUGCUGUCCCACCGCAACAUGAUCGCCACGCUCAAGUCCUUCGCCGACGCCGUGCCCAUCAGAGAAGACGACAUCCUGAUGGGCUUCCUGCCACUUGCCCACGUCUUUGAACUCCUGGCUGAGAGCAUCUGCAUCAUUGCCGGCGUCCCUAUCGGCUACUCGACGGCGCUGACGAUGCUGGACUCGUCCAAUAAGAUCAUGAAGGGCACGAAGGGCGACGCCACCACGCUGCAGCCGACCUGCCUCACCACCGUGCCGCUGAUCCUGGACCGCGUGAGCAAGGGCAUCACGGACAAGGUGUCGAAGAGCGGCGAGUUCGCGGGCGCCUUCUUCCGCUGGGCCUACUCCUACAAGCAGGCCUGGAUGCGCCGCGGCUACGACACGCCCAUCCUCAACCAGCUGAUGUUCAGCAAGGUGCGCGGGCUGCUGGGCGGGCGGCUGCGGCUGCUGCUGUCGGGCGGCGCGCCGCUGUCGCCCGACACGCACGCGCAGCUGCGCAUCUGCCUGUGCUGCGACGUCGUCACCGGCUACGGGCUCACCGAGACCACCUCGUGCGCCACCGUCAUGGACUUCGCCGACAGGUACGGGACUGUUCCCACAUCUGCCUGUGCUGCGACGUCGUCACCGGCUACGGGCUCACCGAGACCACCUCGUGCGCCACCGUCAUGGACUUCGCCGACAGGUACGGGACUGUUCCCACAUCUGCCUGUGCUGCGACGUCGUCACCGGCUACGGGCUCACCGAGACCACCUCGUGCGCCACCGUCAUGGACUUCGCCGACAGGUACGGGACUGUUCCCACAUCUGCCUGUGCUGCGACGUCGUCACCGGCUACGGGCUCACCGAGACCACCUCGUGCGCCACCGUCAUGGACUUCGCCGACAGGUACGGGACUGUUCCCACAUCUGCCUGUGCUGCGACGUCGUCACCGGCUACGGGCUCACCGAGACCACCUCGUGCGCCACCGUCAUGGACUUCGCCGACAGGUACGGGACUGUUCCCACAUCUGCCUGUGCUGCGACGUCGUCACCGGCUACGGGCUCACCGAGACCACCUCGUGCGCCACCGUCAUGGACUUCGCCGACAGGUACGGGACUGUUCCCACAUCUGCCUGUGCUGCGACGUCGUCACCGGCUACGGGCUCACCGAGACCACCUCGUGCGCCACCGUCAUGGACUUCGCCGACAGGUCGACGGGCCGUGUGGGCGCGCCCACCACAGGCACAGACAUCAAGCUCGUGAACUGGGAGGAGGGCAACUACCGCGUCACCAACAAGCCCUUCCCGCAGGGUGAGAUCGUGAUCGGCGGCGAGUCGGUGGCGGAGGGCUACUACAAGAACCCCGAGAAGACGAAGGAGGAGUUCGUGGAGGCCGACGGCAUGCGCUGGUUCAAGUCCGGCGACAUCGGCGAGCUGCACCACGACGGAUGCAUCAAGAUCAUCGACCGCAAGAAGGACCUGGUGAAGCUGCAGGCGGGCGAGUACGUGUCGCUGGGCAAGGUGGAGGCCGAGCUCAAGACGUGCGCGCUGGUCGAGAACAUCUGCGUCUACGGCGACUCCACCAAGACCUACACCGUCGCGCUCGUCGUGCCGCACCCGCAGCGCUUGCAGGAGCUGGCGGCGCGCGAAGGACUGCCGCCGAUGGAGUUCGAGCAGCUGUGCCGCGCGCCCGCCGUGGAGAAGGCCGCGCUGCGCGAGCUCGCCGACCACGCGCUCAAGUGCGGUCUGGAGCGCUUCGAGGUGCCGCUGGCCGUGAAGCUGGUGACGGAGGUGUGGUCGCCCGACAUGGGGCUGGUCACGGCCGCCUUCAAGAUCAAGCGCAAGGACAUACAGGAGCGCUACAAGGACGACAUCAAGCGCAUGUAUGCGUCCUGAGCGCACCACCUUCUGUUUACCGCCGCCCGCCCCGCGGACCGAGAUUAAAGUAGUGCAGGGAUGGCGAACCAAUGGCACGCGCCACAAUAUUUAGGGCACGCCCACCUAUCACAAAAUCUAUAUA